AGCAACAUGAGCGGUCUCGCUGACGAACUCCUUGCCGACCUUGAUGGUCUUUCUGAAGGCGAGAACGAGUACAACGAAGAAGAACCCGCGAACGACUCUCAAGCCUCGACAAGCGCUGUUACGAACGGAACUACAACCGCGCGGAAACGCAAGGCAGAAGGAGAUGCAGACAUGUCAGACGACGACGAGCAGGCGGAAGAAGAGGCAGAGGCGGCAGAGGAAGGUGCAACUGGAGGACUUGUUCUGGAAGGAGGGACAAAGCCUGCCGAGGAACUGGACGCUGAAGACGUACAGCAAAUGGACCUCUUAGCUGUUGAAGAUGUGGGGUCAAUCGCGAAGCUGGAGGGAAGCAAACGAAUGACUGAGAUUCUGAAGGACAUCGAGAAGUACCAAGCAAAUCCUAGUACUCCAGAAGCGAUGUCGCUUCCUGCGCAUCUCAACCCCGAAUACAACGUGAUUGUCCAAGCAAACAACUUAUCGGUAGAUGUUGACAACGAGAUUCUAGUUGUGCACAAGUUCAUUCGUGACCAUUACGCACUAAAGUUCCCUGAGCUUGAGCAACUCGUUGCGGACCCCGCAAUGUAUAUCAAAGCCGUUCGCGCCCUUGCCAAUAGCGAAGACCCAACGAAAGUCGACUUGAGCAAUGUACUGCCCGGCGCUGUCGUCAUGAGUGUCCUCAUUACAGCAACAACGACCGCUGGAAAACCGCUCCCAAACUCGCAAUGGCUGGCGGUUGAGCGCGCUUGUAACCUCGCGGAUAGAUUGGAGGAGGCACGGAAAAAGAUAUUCAUGUACGUCAGCUCGAGAAUGAAUGUACUUGCACCCAACCUAUCUGCUAUCGUUGGUACUACAACAGCCGCCAAACUCCUCGGUGUUGCAGGCGGCCUUGGCUCUCUCGCCAAAAUGCCUGCAUGUAAUGUACAUCUUCUCGGUGCCCAAAGGAAAGUCGCUCUCGGCUUCUCAGUAGCAACGCAAAAGAAACACACGGGCUUCGUGUUCCAGUCCGACCUGAUUCAGCAAACCCCAUCCGAGUAUCAGCUCAAAGUACAACGGACCGUUGGCGCAAAAAGUGUGCUUGCUGCACGCAUGGAUCUGGAGCGGACACGAAAAGAUGGUUCAUACGGUGCCGACCUGCGAGAAAAGAUCGAGAAGCACAUCGACAGACUCGCAGCACCUCCGCCCGCCAAAAUUGUCAAACCUCUCCCCGUUCCCAAUGAUGGACCGAAGAAACGACGCGGUGGUAAACGUGCUCGGAAGGCCAAGGAGGCGUAUGCUCAGACGGAGCUCCGGAAAUUGCAAAAUCGGAUGGCCUUCGGCGAGGCGGAAGAAGAGGUUGGCGCAUUUGACGAGACCAAGGGGCUGGGUAUGAUUGGUGUGGGCACUGGCAAAGUCCGCGCUGGGAUGGGCGACGCAAAGAGCAAAGCCAAACUUUCAAAAGCCAACAAGCUUCGGACGGCGGCGCUCGCCCGUGCGGCUCAGAGCAACGGAGGAUCAAGUUCGGGUACCGCAACCUCCCUCACUGUUACCCCCGUUCAAGGCUUUGAGCUCACAAACCGGUCAGCGGCUGCUCAGCGAGUCAAGGAAGCCAAUGACCGUUGGUUCGCAUCUGGAACCUUUUCGUUUGUGGGACAGAAAGGCGCAUAGGACUCGCACAUGAUGAUGUUUAGCAACCAUAUAUUCUAGCUAGUUUUUGGAACGUCUAUUGGGUGUCGAAAUCGUAUAUGC